CUAGCUAGAACUGACACUGCUACUCUACCCUGUUCAACUAUGACUGCUCUUUCAGGCCAAGAAUAAAAACCUGCAUCCAAAAAAGGAGGAAUGCUCAAGCCCAGUUGUGAGUUCCAUAGAAUCCUGUGGUGGAAUGGGGAUUUUCCAGCACCUGUGUGUGGAGGACCAUGAGGAGGGCAGCGGUCCACUGCUAGCAGAAGCAGGCAGCAUUGAGAGCUCGCCAGCUGCUUCCGGGAGGCCAGAGCCCAGGGAAUUCUUCCUCAGCCCGAAGAAGAACCUUGCUCUGAGCCUGGUCCUGCUCUUUGCUUCUUAUUCAGCACUUUUGGUUCCUGCAUAUCUGCCUGUUCAGCACCCCAUCUGGAGUGAUGGCUCUACAGACGAGGAUGUGUUGAAGCACUCUGCCGCCAUGCUGGCCCGGACAUGCAACAGCGGCUGGGCGGUGGCUAGGCUGAAGAAGAUGCCUGGUUUUCGCAGCCUGUUGGAAAUCCCUGUGUUCCUGCAAAAUGCAACAGGAGGUUGGGACCUGGCCCCUCCACUCGGCCUCCAGGGCAGUGAAGAAAUGCUUGCCCACACCCUUAGUGCUCUGCCCCUCUCCGGGCUGCCUUUUUCCCCAGACAGAUGCAGGAGGUGCAUUGUGGUUGGGAGCGGUGGAAUAUUACGUGGUAAACAUCUUGGAGACCAUAUUGAUAAAUAUGACAUCAUCAUCAGGAUGAACAAUGCUCCAGUAUUUGGGUUUGAAAAAGAUGCCGGCUCAAGAACCACCAUUCGACUGGUGUAUCCAGAAGGAGCGCCCAUCCUUAAUCAGGAAUACCACAACACUGAAAUAAUAGCUUUAGUGGUGUUCAAGAGGCUGGAUUUAGAGUGGCUUCUCUCUGUUGUGACAAAUGAGCCUUUGAGUUGGUGGUCUAAACUGUGGUUCUGGAAGAAUGUGGUGAAUGAGAUUCCACUUCCUCCAGGAAACUUUCGCAUCACGAACCCUGAAAUACUAAAUAGGACAUGGCAUCUGCUCCUAACUUACAACAAACAACAGAGGAAGACGGUGCCAACCCUAGGGCUCAUCGGCGUGGUCCUGGCCCUGCAGCUGUGCGAUGAGGUGAGUCUGGCAGGUUUCGGCUAUGACCUCCAACAGCCUGGAGCCCGUCUGCACUACUACGAGGCUCUCCGCAUGGACACAAUGAUGAGUCAAGUGGUGCAUGAUGUCACCACCGAGAGCAGCUUACUGCAGGAGCUAGUUAAGGCUAGGGUCUUGCAUGACCUCACAGGUGUGCUCUGAUGACCUCUUGGUGCUUGUCGACUGUGCUCUGCUCAAAUCAUACUCCUAUUCUUAGUAAUAGGACGAUUAUUAGAACCAUUAAGAACAAGUGAGAGGUUGGGUUUCAAAGGCAAGAGAGAAAAAAAAAAAAUCAACAUUAAGUGUUAGGAGCAGCACACUUGCCUGUCUACAAAUGUAUAAUAUAUAUUACAAAUUUAUAGCUGAAAUAACACUCAGUAACAGAUUCUCAGUGUGAAUUUCUACUUAAUUCCAUAUUAGCCAGCCCCACCCCAAAGGAUGCAAAAUAGUUGCCAAUGAUUCACUGUUACACAAGUUUAUUUAGACAAACACUGAUGCUUACAAAUACAAAAAUUUGGAGUGAAAAAAAAAAAGUCUUCAUAAUCAAUAUUUUAAGGCACUCAAUUCUGCAAUAAAGUGUCAAAUUUCAUUAACAAUAUCAGUCAUAAAGGUGCAAGGUAUGGAUUCUUUGACGGGCCUUAGAGGACUUCGAGUUAAUUUUAUUCCCUACUUUGAGUAAGAAAUGUGAUUUUCAUUGUAGAUUUUAGUAUGAGGUCAUACAUAUUUUAUUAGUAAUAUUAUAAUGUUAGAGAUGAAUAUGUCCAAAAGGAGGAUUUAAACUGUGCUUAUGAAACUUUUUUUCAAAAAAAAAAAAAAAAGAAAAAAAAAAAAAGAAAACCCUGGUAAGUGUUUAAA